AACAAGGUGUCUUUGCUAAAAUCAAUUCACUUGCAACAAUGGUUUGGACUAGACCCACCUGCAUUCUCUCUUUCACCUUGGUUUUUGCCCACGUAGCAGCUGUUUCAAUUAAACACCUUUCCAAAGGAAAUGUAUAUGACACAUAUUUUGGUGAACAGAAGGAUAUUUCAGAAAUCAAUUUAGCUGCAGGCUUGGAUCUCUUUCAAGGGGACAUCCUCUUGCGGAACUCUCGAAAUGGCCUGAGAGACCCAAGCAGCAGGUGGAAGUUCCCCAUUCCUUACAUCCUGGCUGACAAUCUAGAGCUGAAUGCCAAAGGAGCCAUUCUCUAUGCUUUUGAAAUGUUUCGCCUCAAGUCCUGUGUGGAUUUCAAGCCCUAUGAGGGAGAGAGAUCAUAUAUCAUAUUUCAACAGUUUGAUGGGUGCUGGUCUGAGGUUGGUGAUCAACACGUGGGACAGAACCUUUCCAUUGGCCCAGGUUGUGACUACAAGGCCAUCAUUGAACAUGAGAUCCUGCACGCUUUGGGAUUUUACCAUGAACAGUCAAGGACUGACCGGGAUGAUUAUGUGAACAUCUGGUGGGAUGAAAUUCUUGAAGGUUUCCAGCACAACUUCAACACCUACAAUGACAGCUUCAUCACAGAUCUCAAUACACCCUAUGAUUAUGAGUCUUUGAUGCACUAUGCACCUUUCUCAUUUAACAAAAAUGAAAGUGUUCCUACCAUCACAGCCAAGAUCCCUGAGUUUGAUUCCAUCAUUGGGCAGCGUCUGGAUUUCAGUAACAUCGAUUUAGAGAGGCUGAACAGAAUGUACAACUGCACCACAACUCACACUCUUUUGGAUCACUGUACUUUUGAGAAGGCAAACAUCUGUGGGAUGAUUCAAGGCACCAGAGAUGAUGCUGACUGGGUCCAUGAGGACAGUGCUCAAGCUGGACAAGUGGAUCACACCUUGCUGGGACAAUGCACAGGUGCCGGCUACUUCAUGCAAUUCAAUACAAGCUCAGGGUCAGCAGAAGAGGCAGCCCUGCUGGAAUCUCGGAUUCUUUACCCAAAGAGGAAGCAGCAGUGCCUGCAGUUUUUCUAUAAAAUGACAGGAAGUCCUUCAGACAGACUCGUCAUCUGGGUCAGGAGGGAUGACAGCACGGGAAAUGUUCGCAAGCUGGUCAAAAUACAGACCUUUCAAGGAGAUGGUGAUCACAAUUGGAAAAUUGCUCACGUGGUGCUCCAAGAGGAAAAAAAGUUUCGCUACCUUUUCCAGGGUACAAAAGGUGACCCUCAGAACUCAAAUGGGGGAAUUUACCUGGAUGACAUCACUCUGACAGAGACCCCCUGCCCCACAGGGGUUUGGACAGUACGGAAUUUCUCCCAGGUUCUUGAGAACACGAAGAAAGGGGACAGUCUGCAGAGCCCUCGAUUCUAUAAUUCAGAGGGAUAUGGUUUGGGAUUGACCUUGUACCCCCACGGCAUGGCAAACUCCAUCAGCUCUGGCUACCUGAGACUUGCUUUUCAUUUGUGCAGUGGGGAGAAUGAUGCUAUCCUGGAGUGGCCAGUGGAAAACAGACAGGUGAUAAUGACCAUACUUGACCAGAAACCAGAUGUCAGAAACAGGAUGUCCUCAAGCAUGGUUUUCACUACCACUAAGUUCCAUACAUCUCCAGAGAUAAAUGACUCUGUCAUCUGGGACAGGCCAUCCAAGGUGGGAUCCUAUUAUUCGGACUGCAAUUGUUAUAGAAGCAUGGACUGGGGUUGGAAUGGCUUUAUCUCCCACCAAAUGCUAAAAAGGAGAAGUUUCCUUAAGAAUGAUGAUCUCAUCAUGUUUGUGGACUUUGAAGAUAUCACCCACCUUAACCAGACUGAAGUUCUCACUAAAGACAAAAGGUUGACUCCCCAAGGCCUCGUUCUCCAAGGCCAGGGGCAGAAAGCCCCAGAAGAAAGUCCAGGAAAAGCCAUGUUAGAGGAAGCUCUACCCAGUGGCCUGGACCAGGAGCACCCCAGCCGACAGAAGCGUUCAGUGAACAAUACAGUCUCCAUAGAGGACCACAACUGGCCACAGUACUUCAGAGACCCAUGUGACCCGAACCCUUGCCAAAAUGAGGGCAUCUGUGUGAAUGUGAAGGGAAUGGCAAGCUGCAGGUGCGUCUCUGGACAUGCUUUCUUCUACACGGGGGAGCACUGUCAGGUCCUGCAGGUGUAUGGAAGUGUCCUGGGCCUGAUGAUCGGAGGCACAGCUGGCACGAUCUUCUUAACACUCACCAUCAUCUCCAUCCUUUCCCAAAGGCCAAAGCAGUGA